AUGUUAUUGGUUGACGAUCACCCUACGAGCAGAAGAAGGAAGAUCCACAACUGCGAGAACGAGGACAACAGAAACCGGGAGAGCAAGAGACACUUCCUCAUCAAACUGCUGAUUGUGGCGGCGUUCGUGCCAGGUGGAGCAGCGGCGACGACAGCCGGAGCAGUUGGGGAGCGGAUUUAUGAAGAGAGCAACUACCAGGGCAACCUGCCCUACAAACGUGAGUCUACAAUAUUCUUGUGUGAGCAACUCAAACGAUACCGUAUACUUCCUAUAGGUUCCUGAAAAUGAAAUUCACUCAAAACCGAUCAUUUGGGAGGUUACUGUAGACUGAUCUUAGAAAUAAUCCAGCAGAGCAAAAGAUGUACAAAACGAGACGCGCAUUAUUUAGAAUACGCAAUUUGAUUGUUAUGUUAAAACACUCCUUUUGAAACAUGGUAUUAGGAAAUCGCGCUCUACCGCUAAAUUUAUUAACAUUGAAGUUUGUGAGAGCUACACAACUAGAUUGAUUUGAGCCGAACAUGGGAAAUCAUUAGCCGAGUACUAGCUUGUUCGGUAUCAGUUGGUCAAGUUUGACUGAUAACGUCGUACUUUUUUCGAGCUUUCGUCAUUAAUCAACGUCAUCAAGUGGAAUAAACGCAAUGUUUUCUGAUGCCCUUCACUUGCAACCGUUAGGGUUGAUUCCCUGCGAAAAAGUCUGGGAGCCCCUGCCCAUUAAAGAGUCCAAUCAGAAGAAGUUCCCCCGCUCCUCGAAACUCUUGCUUCUUCUUCUUCUCCCUCCAGCUCAAGUACUUCCACUUCACACAGUCUUUUGUGUUAUUCUUCAUUCCCCCUCCCGCAUUUCCAUCUUCCGUGCACUUUUCCUCCCGCCUUCUUUCCAUGUUACGUCAAUCGUUUAUCACUAGCAAACUUAAAGUAUUCCAUCAUCUUCCCGCAUUGAACACCCUCCCUUAAUUAACGAGAAAGUGUCACGGAAUCGAGAGCCGUUUUCGGAGGUCGGGGGCUCCUCGUCGGAUGAGCUGUCCGGCUUCCGCCACCAGUUUAGUUUCUAUUCGAAAUCUGCUCCCAAAUUCGAUUUCGUCGCCCUGUUUCCGUUCAUUACCGCACCCACAAACGCAUAUUCUUUUCCCGUGUGCCUUUCAAAUUUACACUUUGUGUUUCAACGCAAAGCCGUUUUCAUUUCCGUUUCCUUCCGUCUGACUGGUCAUAAUAGUCUGAAAAGGGCACUAUUACUUUUAGACUCUAAUGAUAUUACACUCGGAUUGAGUUAACGUUCUGAUUUUGCCAUUUUCAUUGACUGCUUCUUCAGCAGCUUGAAAUGCCUCUAAGACGCGGCUUUUUGCAAUCGGCCUCUGCACAAAAUGAUGUUUCAAUCCAAACAGUUUUUAGAUAACUUUUGAAAAGUAGGUGAAUGAUGCUGGAUGUCAAAAGCAACUCUGAUAGUUUUCUGAGCUUUCUACAGCAUCUGCAAGUGACUGAAAUGACUUUAACGCUCUAAAAAUUAUUGCUAAAACAGGCUGAAAACGAUCUACGAAGAAUUGGAGACCGGCUUCUGAUAUAAACCUUUGAAUUCGUUGCUACCUGGUCCCCACAGACCUCUCUAUCAGUCGCUCGAACCUCUCAUAAAUUAAGUGCUCAGCCACUUUCAUUCGUCGUCUCUUCCGUGUGCAAGCCACAGAGCUCUCCGAGAGCAAUCAAAGGCAAUCAAUUUGAUCAUCGAGGAAUAUAUUUAUCGGAUCGACUGCAGCACGCUCCGGCUGCCAUCAAGACGCACACCAGCUGUCUUUUCCCUCCCUCAUCAUCAUCACCUUCUCCCCCUCCCUUGCUUUUCCCCGCUCCGUCAACGUGUCACUUUUAUCACCUUCGUGGCUUUUUGGCUUUCUCUCUCUCUCUCUCUCUUUCUUUUCUGUUCCCAAUCACAUUCACUCUCCCCCACCCGCUUCAUCCCAUGCAUCCUUUCUUAGGUCGUAUUCCAUUGAGCAUCGGAGGAUCUAUUACACACCGUCGGUCCCGGUAGCUCCAGGCGGCCGAGUACUAGUAGUACACUCUUUUUAUAAUAAGCCAUCUGGCUCUCGCCCACCACAAUUUGUUGUCCUUAGUCAUUGUAUGAAUUAAGCGCUUCUCUGCUCUGCGCCAAACUCAAAGUCACUGUGUCCGCCCGAGGGCUCUUCUGAGCCGGUGUGGGAACUUUCUCUAAGCCGCCUCGGCCUAGCGGCUCAUCAAAAUAUGGAUAGAGCCCAUUAAAUCCGACUUCCCACCACUUUGCUCCCUCAUUAAAAGUUGCUGCUUCCCAAUUAUUAUUCAAUCUUUUUCUUCGUCUUCCUCUCUGUCGCUUCGCAACGCAAAAACGUAUUUUGCCUAGCACCACAAAUGCAAAUUCGCAUAUUUCGAUGAUCGAUGCCUUCGAUCUCGCCUCUUCUGCUCCUAAUGCUCUCGCUUCUGAUCACCGGAGGCCGGGCACAAAACAACGCUGUUGGCCCUUUCUUGACAAGUGGUAAAUGGGUUUAAGAGGGACAAGGAAAAGAAGUGGAUAGUAGUGCUAGAGCAAUAGGAAACGAAACAUCAUUCAUCCUUUCAGAUACGGCGAGAUGCUACUCAUGCAUGUCCAAAUUGUACGAGGCCGUUUGGCCAUCAUUAUCCCACAUCUACAAAAGACCGAGGAACUUCACAGGUAUCCAUGAGCUAGUUAGAAACCUAUCUCUAUUGUUCAGAUGACUGCAACGAUGAUCGGAUCGCGGAGGGCCGAGUUCCGAUCGUUCACUGUCCAACCAUCUGCGUCUCACUCUUCGAACAACCGAAUAUUGCAGGUUACUUUGACAUUUCAGCGCAUCAGAGUCAAUUCAUUCUAUCCUUACAGGAGUGCGAAUCAAAGGCUUCAUCCGCGGCUGUAUGAGUGACGUUCUGAUCAGCGGAUUCAAUCAGACAAUCGUCACUUGGUACCGAUGGAUGCAUCGCGACUCUUGUAGACCUUACAGGUGAGAGAAUCGGAGCAAAUGAGCCUUUGAACUGAAUCCAAUUGUUUUUAGGAAGAAGGAGCUGUUCAAACUGGGCGGCGAGUCGGCGGACGACUCCACGAUCGACGUGUGUACCUGCUAUGCUGACCAUUGCAACGGGAACUCCGCCACUUCCUCCCUCGACGUCCGCACCAUCUUCUCCCUCUUUCUGGUCCUCAUUGCUUGGUUUCUUUCCUGA